AUGCUGUCGCUGCGACGCGCUCGAGCGGCGCUACGGCGGCCAGGCCAAUGCGCGCGCGCAUCCAAGGCGCCGACCUGCUUCGCCUCCGUCUUGCGCAGCUCUGGAGCCUUGUUGCACUCUUCACCGCCGCGUAGUGGCCUCGAUAUUCCACUUUAUCCGAGCGCAACCCGGGAGUUUAGCACGCUAUUGGGCAACGGCGCUGCGCCGCGGCGGUCGGCGCCCGUUGCCGCGUCCGAUCCCGUCAUCUCGUUGCCACCGACGUACGAGCUGCUGCCGGACGACGUCCACUGCUUCGUGGGGCUCAACGGCAGCGGGAAGACCCGUUUCCUGGCCAAGCUGCAGCAGCACGUCGAGACCCAGCAGCAGCGAGGGGAACUGCCGGCCUCCUGCCGCCUCGCGAGCCUCAGCCUCGACGCCCACCGCGAGUUCGUGGCGGAGAACGGCCACCGAGUGGUGGCGGACGUGCUGGGCGGCAUCGGGUCGCCCACUGCCCGGGACCUGAUCGUGCGGCUCGGACUGUUCCCCGUCUGGGAGCAGCGCGUGCGUCACCUGUCGACGGGAGAAAUGCGGAAGCUGCUGCUGGCGGUGGCGCUGCUGGAGACGCCGAGAGCCACGGUGCUGAUUCUGGAUCAGCCGUUUGACGGGCUGGACGUGAAGGCGAGGAGACAGCUGCAGUGGAUGCUGGGGCAGUUGACGAGGGGCUUCACGCGGCUGCUGGUGGAGACGACGGGUGCUAAACACGAGGCGUUCGCGUACAAGACGCAGGUGCUGCUGGUCGCAAACAGGUUGGAGCAGGUCUUCCCGGAGAUCUUCUCGCACACGGUCUUGUUGAAGCAGGGUGAAGAUGAACAGGGUGAGCAGGACACAGUGGAAGUGGUGGCGUGGCCGGAGGACAAGGAAGACGACGUGCGCAACAAGGCUAUGAUGAAGCGUUUGGAAGAAUUUUACGGUGAAGAGCACGAGAAGCGCUUGAAGAUGACGGAUACGGAACUGGUGUCGCUCGUCGAGCAACUAUUUGACUGUAAGGAUGAAGCUGAGACUGGCUCCACAGAGACACCUGCCGUCCAGCUUAAUGGCGUUUCGAUCUCGUACGACCAGAAGCGUAUCCUGCUGGAUAAUGUGGAUUUCGCGCGGAAGACCCACGAACAUUGGGUUUUGCUGGGACCGAACGGGUCCGGCAAAAGCUCUCUCAUGCGAGUGCUAAUGCAGACCCCGGGCCAUGGGCUAACUGAGGGCGAGGUGGUGGUCGUUGGAGAGCCGGUGCGCCCUUCGAGCGCAGUCCCAUCCAACGAGGAUUCGACUGCCUCCUCGAAGCCGAGAAGGGAAGCCAUCUCGACUGAUCAGCACAUUCAGCUUCUACACAAAAGUUUGCAGCGCGAUGGAGCCGCAGAAGACCAAACUGCCUUCAGCCUCAUUGCGAGCAACGCUGAAAGCCCAGAAACGGCCAAGCUCGCCAAGAGUUUAUUGGCGCUGCCCGACGCCAUCGAGACGCGUAGUCUGUCUGAGCUGUCGCAGGGCGAGCAGAAGCUUGUGCUGAUUGCUCGGGCUCUGGCUGCACGCCCGAAGCUGCUGAUCUUGGACGAGAUCACGCAUGGUCUGGACCCGUUCAACCGCGCUCACGUGCUGCGAGUGAUUGAAGCCAUUGGGCAGCACGCAGCUCAGCAGACGCACAUGGUGCUGAUCACACACCACGAGGACGAGAUCACUCCGUGCUUCUCCAGCAUAUUUGAAAUUAAAGACAAGCAGCUCGUCGAGCGCCCCCGCCAGCACUCGGAGGAACAGACCGCUUAG